AAUGUUAAGCAGUGAAAAAACAAAAAGGGGGUCACCUUAAGUUUCCAGUGCGGCGCAGACCACACAGCAGCGUAGACCACACAGCAGCGUGACAGUGAGCGGUCCGGGUGCCGGGACGCAGGGACCUGGCUAGCGUUUCAUUUCCCGACAACGCUGUAUCUAGCUACAGCCGAGAAAAGUUCCAACGAAGCCUAAGAGUGUAAGGAAGAGCUAGACUUUAACGUCCGCACAAAACGAUGGAGGUGGUCCUCACCAGAUUGCGAGACUUCUCUCGCAAGACCGCCACCUUCGAAGACUUCAAGCCGACGGCGGUAAUGAGUGACAGAGCGUCCCAGAGGGAGCAUGACUUGGCCAGGGGGGGUCAGUUUGUGGAUGAAGACGGUGGCCCCUGCCAGCUAGAUAUUGAGAGUGCACUGGCCUGGCUGAGGAGAGAACUGAUGGAGAUGCGCUCUCAGGAUCAGAUUCUGAUCCAGCAGCUGAUGGAGCUGCACGCGGGGAUCCAGGAGCUGAAGCUGGAGUGUGCUGAAGCAGAGGAGGAGCUGGAGGAAGAGGAGGAGGAAGAGGAGCUGGACGAAGAGGAGGAGGCCAAAAGCUGGGACUCCGGGAGCGAGUUUGCCAUCCCAUAUCGCUGCUGGAAGGUGGGCUGUGGCCCGUACGCCUCCGCCAGCGUGCCCCUGUGCUACCGGGAAUCCCUGCUGGGUCGGGCCAUCAGCCGGAGAAGCUCUGUGCCCUGAGCCCAGCAUUUCCCAGCUCUGACAUCGUGCUGAACAACCAGAAUGUCACAGAACAUCUAUGGAUGGUGUGAUUGAUUUAGAGCAGUGUUUCCCAAUCCGGUGCUCAGGGACCCUCAUCUUGUCCAUGUUUUUGCUCCCAAUGAUCUUCCUACCAGACAGUCCACAUUUUUGCUCCCUACCAGGAGCUGGGAGGGAGCAAAAACAUGGACUGUCUGUGGGUCUCAGAAGACCGGAUUGGGAAACACUGAUUUAGCAGUAGUGGGAGUGCAGUAAAUUUGGUCGAACUGUAAAAAUCUCAGCAGCACUUUUAUUUAAAAUGUUAAUACAAUCUGCCUGUUGAGCAUAACUGAAAGAUGAGCUAUGAACAUGCUUUUCAUCACCAUUCUCACCCAAUUGACGGGCAGCUUGCCAUCUGGAACAGAUCAUCGUAGGAGCCCUCAGAAUGGUUUUAAGAGGAAUGUCCAUGCAAAUUUCGAAUGUUAUUUCCUCUUUCAAAGUAGCCAAAUUGGUUUUGAUUUGGUAUAAAAUUGCCUUUCUUGAAAUUAUGUGGUUUUAAUGAUUCCCAACUCCGUGCUACUCUGAAACGCUCACGGGCGGCUCUGAAGCCUGGUAGCUUAUUUAAUAGUAGCAUAAUGGCAUGAGGUUUAACGACAAACACAGAGAGUCUCUGUGUGAGACCGAUAGAUAGGACAGUGUAGAGGGUGCCGGAGCACAAAAAAAACACAUAGUAUCAGAUGUUCCACACCAGGCCAUCACUUACAAGAGUCCGUAUGACUGGAGCUGCGCUAUUGUGCCGUGGCGGCUUCCGUUCACAAAGCCGCGCUUUGUGUGCGCGCCCGGAGCCUGGUUUCCAGCGGCCAACUGAAAGGGCCCCCAGAGUGAAAUGUGGAGCAUAACUCAAGGUGCUUGUUUGUCCCGCAGCCCUGUGGUGGAGUACCAGGACAUGUGCCGAUAGUGCGGAGUCGCGCGGAGGGAUCGCUUGUCAAUAGCCAGCAUUAGUCGUGGCACAAGUGUGCUAGGCUUUCCAAAACGCUAUGAAAAAGCGUCAUCAAUGAUCAGAUCUGUAAUGUCAAAUGACAACGUGUUAAUGUGAUUUUACACUUUGGGUAGACUUUAUUUGGAUAUUAGACCGAUAUUAGAUUUCGUGUUGUCAGACUGAGGGCAAAAGUCUUGCAGAAACUGCCAACAAUCUGAGCUGUUAUAUUCAUUAUCAUUUUUCAUGUGAAUGUCUAUGUGUUCCUCCUACGCAUCUCACAAAGUCUGUUAAUGUUACAUUUUAACAUGAUUUUUUUUUUUGUGUGUGUGACCCUCUGAAGACCGUAAUUCACACCACCCUUCACCACAGAAAAAAAAACCCACAAAACCAAGCCCGCGUGAAACAUUCGCCGACCUGACCGUCUGUAAAUCCUUCCCUCCCGAAGCGACAAGUGGAUCUCCGUCCACAGCCUUAUGUAACCCCUGGCAGACAGGCCGCUCAUUGUGGAAUGCUACAGCUGAGUAAUAAACGCUACAAAACACUGUA